AUGACUAAGCCCCUCGCGAUACGCGCCGACGAGCUGAUACCUCAUCCGCAGUGUUCGAGUCGCUCUUCCUCCACUCUCCUCACUGGCCUUCCCCAUACUCGCCCGCAUCCGAUGGACUACAACAAGCGCGAAGUUGCGGAGCGCUACAAGUCCGCAGAGCCGAUCACUGUGCCCUACGCCGCGCACCUCGUCGCGCAGAGCGGGCUCGACCGUGCGGACGGCACCACCGACCUCGUCGUGCUCGACAACGGCUGCGGCGCCGGCGUCGCCACGCACACCCUCUUCGCGCGUAUCCCGCCGCCGGCGCGCUCACGGCUCCGGGUCGUGUGCGGGGACAUCUCCCAGCCGAUGAUCGAGGCCGUCGAGGCGCGGAUCGAGGUCGAGGGGUGGACGGACGUGAGCGCGUGUGUCUCUCCCUCCCCGCUCUUGCGUUUCCGUGCGGGCUCCCGACGUUGCUACGCGCGAGGGCAGAAAUUGAACUUGCCGGACGAGACGUUCACGCACGUGCUCACGAACUUCGCCGCGUUCCACCUCCCUGCGCCGCGCGCGGCCCUGAGCGAGGCCCUCCACGUGCUGCGCCCCGGCGGCGUGCACGCGUUCACGGUGUGGAAGACGAUCGGGUGGUACACGCUCGCGGCGCGCGCGGUCGCGCGGAUCCCGGACGCGCCGGCGAGGUUCGUCGCGAACAGCAUGAAGAUAGCCGAGGACGGGCUGCAGUGGGCGGAGCCGGCGUUCUUCGAGGCGCGGGUGCGAGAGGCGGGGUACAAGGGCGUGGAAGUGGUGCUGAGGGGGAACGUGUGGCGGGUCGGGGGCGUGGAGGAGUGCAUGGGCGUGUGCGGGAAGCUGGCGGUGGGGGCGUUCGAGGACUGGACGGAGGAGCAGCGAGAGUACGUGAGCGAGCGGUACGGCAAGGCGUUGAGGGCGGUGCUGGUGGAGGAGUUCGGAGAUGGGGAGGUGGUGACCACCUGGGAGGCCUACUGUGUUACCGCGAGGAAAGAGUGA